AUGGUUCGCAAUUAUAAGCGCAAAAAGCCACAACUUGAGAAAGAAAAGUUGAAAUUAGCUGUUCUUUCGGUGCUUCGAGACAAAAAAACGAUUCGGACGGCUGCAAAAGAGCAUGGUGUGAAUAGAACAACUCUGCAAAACUGGGUGAAGAAUAAAACUGAAGAGCAAGCUUCAAAAGGAGAGGUCACGACUGUGUCAAAAGGAUUCCAAACCGUGUUGAGUGCCGAAGCUGAAAGUGCACUGGCUCAGUACUUACUGAAAUGUAAUGAUUUGUAUUUUGGUUUGACCACGCGGCAGGUUCGUGCGCUUGCUUACGAUUAUGCGAAAAAAUUGGAUGUGCCAAUGCCAAUUCAAUGGAUUCGUAGUGAAAUGGCCGGAAUUGAAUGGAUUCGUACAUUUUUACGUCGACAAAGUCAACUUUCUGUUCGCAAACCCGAAGCUACAAGUUUGGCCAGAGCAACAGCAUUCAACCGAUACAAUGUUGGUGAGUUUUUUUCAAAACUCAAAGAGGUUUGCAACAAAUACCAAUUCCCACCUCAAAACAUCUACAACAUGGAUGAGACCGGUGUGACGACUGUGCAGGUUCCAGAUCGUGUUGUUUCGCGAAAAGGAAUGAAACAAGUUGGUCGAAUUGUGUCAGCAGAACGUGGCACAUUAGUAACUUUGGCAGUUGCAGUUUCAGCAACAGGCAAUACCAUUCCACCAUUCUUUGUGUUCCCACGUAAGAAAUUUAAGAACAAUUUCUUGAUUGGUGGCCCUGUUGGUUGUGGUGGAGCUGGCAAUCCAAGCGGCUGGAUGAAUGGACCACAAUUUUAUGAAUUCCUCGGAUUUUUCCAAGCACAUGCACAUGCAUCACUGGAGAAUCCAGUGCUUUUGAUAUUGGAUAAUCAUGAAUCACAUUUAUCCAUUAAGGGUUUGGAUUAUUGCAAGGAAAAUGGCAUCGUUGUUUUAUCAUUGCCACCGCACUGCUCGCACAAACUUCAGCCGUUAGAUCGCUCAGUAUUCGGACCAUUCAAAAAGGUCGUCAACACACAAUGCGACAAUUGGGUUACAAGCAAUCCUGGUACAACAAUGACUAUUUAUCAUGUGCCUGGCAUCGUCAAAGAUGCGCUUCCAUUGGCGUCAACACACAAAAAUGUGACUGCAGGUUUCGUGUGCACAGGAAUUUUUCCAUUGAACGAAAAUAUUUUCGAGGAACAUGAAUUUAUGCCGAGUAUGGUAACUGAUCGUGCACAACCUGCUGCCAUUGCUGGCCCAUCAACAUCCAUUGCUGGCCCAUCAGGAGUCGAACUUGGAGAUUUGGAUCAACUUUGCUGCAUAUGCUGUGACAAAUUGCUCAAAAAUCAGCGAUUCAAACUUUGUAUCGUGUGCCGUCGCAAGGCUCACGUGGCCUGUGUUCGCACCAGCGACAACAUUUUCACAUGCGUGAAUUGCUUCUCUGAACCAGAGACCGAUUCAGAAGAAGAAUGA